AUGGCGUCCAUCCUUUCCAACAUCCCUCUGGUUGGCUGGCUGCUGGCUUCUAGUAAGCAGCCCAGCACAGUCAAUGUCCCGCCCGUCGAAGUGCACAGCAUUGCCGAAGGAAACAUUGAUAGGAGGAGGCGCACCCUCAGACACCUCCUCCGUGCCAACCAUGUCAACCACUCCAUCCUCUACCAUGACUUGCGCUUUCACAACCACCUGCCGCAUCUCCUGGCCUCUUCAUAUCAUCUGGGUGCCUUGACGCAGCAGCUCUAUCAUUUGUACGACGAAGAAGCAAAAACCCUUGAGCCAUGGAAAGACUCUCCCCAUGAGAUCUCCAGGGACGAGUGGCGAGACUUCUUGGGCGCACGCCACUUCCAGCGAGCCUGGGUAGAUUUCUUUGAUGACCAACUAGCCAUGAAGUUUGGUUGGAAUUGGAAAAACCUGAUGGAGGAGUACAUGUUCCAGGGUGAUGAACCACUGAUCAACAGUCUCAUCAGCGGCCUUGGUCACCCUUUGAUCCAUCUUGGAUAUGCCUAUGAGUUUGACAGCCGCGAAGUUGCAACGGAAGCCCUUGGUCUGGCUGCUACUUGUUACGAUUUUCUUCACAAGUAUGUCGACGAUCCUGCCUACACCAGAAAGGCUCCCUUCUCCUCCCGAUCGCCCCUUGAACUUCUCGACAAGCUCGCUGCGGAUAACCGCUUCGCCUCGUUCUCGGUCAAACCCUAUUCUGAAGCUACCUUUGAUAGCUUCGAGUCCCUAUUUGGCGCACACGAGGAGGAGCUUCUUGAGUACUGGAAUGCCUGGGACUUGCCGGCUUCAGACAGUGAUAUCACGAUGCAGUUCCGCGAGUCUCAAGAGGCGGCUGUGGCCAUUCAUGCCGUGCGCAUCCUACUUCCAAUGGUGCCAGCCAAGUUCCACGUUAGCCUGGUCAGGCAGUGGUGGCUGCUCGCCUUGGCUGUGUACGUGUCUGUUGGGCGGCCAAAAAUCGACCUGGAUCUGAUUCCAGGAGAUCUGGGAGCUCUAAGGGCCAUGAGAGAAGCUGCCAAUACCUGGGGAGAUGUCCAUGAGAAGUAUCUUGCUGCCGCCAUUCGCUUUGCCGAUGACUUCAAGGGUUGGGUGUUUUAG